AUGGAUGUCGUAGCCCAGCUAUGGCCUAUCGGUCCAUGGGCUCCCAAGGAUCAGAACAUGGACAAAGGAUAUCACGAAUCCAGGAUCAAGUAUCACGAGGAAAGAUUAAAGUAUCACGAAGAGCGGCUGAGAUAUCACAGGUCGAUGGUGGCCAAGAAAGAGAAGAAUUCAGGGAUUGAGGCCUCCGUAACCAAGGAGGCGCUCGCUGCCGGGAGGAAAGUUCGAAUUCUCUUCGUUGAUCUUAGCAACACAUGCAGAUCACCUGCUGCUGAGCAAACGAUGAAGACUCUCCUCAAGAACGACGGACUGUCUUCGUACUUUGAAGUUUCCUCCUGCAGCACUGGGAGCGGCACCAACAACUGGUUCAAGCCAGAGGUCUCGUCGAACAUCGAAGUAGAAGCGUCCGAUCCUCGCAUGGUCUCGCAUGCGUCAAGGAGAGGGCUGAAUCUCGCUGGGAGGCAGUCAAAGGUGAUGACCAAGGAAGACCUGCAGCGCGCAGAUCUUGUUGUCAUCAUGGACAACGCGAAUCGUGUCGAGGUACAGGCAGCUGCCUCCUACUGGGGGCUGCGCGGAAGUGUUGAUGAUAAGGUGAAGAGACUCACCGAAUAUUGCCGGAGUGGAACGAUGACAACUGAUAUUCCUGAUCCAUACUACGGAGGGAGAGGGAUGCAGCCAUCAGGACAGGUGUUUGAGAAGGUUCUUGAUUUGAUCGAGGUUCAGACUGGAGACGACGCCGAGAUCUAUUGA